CAAACAUCUUAAAUUUCCCUCAACACUUUCCACUUUCUACUCUCAACAGAUUCCUCUCUUCUGUAAAGCUACAUACUCCCCCAGCUAUCAUCAGCACCACCAGCGCACAAUCUUCUGACAAUGUCUGAAACAAAGCUCUCCAGCGGUCACGAUGAUGUAGUAGAACGACACUUAACAAACGACAACGCGUCCUUCGCACCCUCCAAUGGUGCUACUGGUUAUCACGGAACAGGCGGACCAAUGACAAGGUUUAUAACUCCGGGAGGUCAUCCCAUGGACACAAGUCAGCCAGCCUUCCCCGUAUUCCACAGGAAAUUUGGCAAUCCCGCCCCUUUGGGUCUGAUCAGUUUCGCAGCCACAACAUUUCUGCUUUCCCUAUUUAACAUUUCAACUCGAGGUAUCACCGUACAUAACGUGAUACUUGGCAUGGCCUUAGGCUAUGGAGGUCUUUGUCAGAUCAUCGUGGGAAUCGAAGAAUGGGCAUGCGGCAACACUUUUGGUGCAACGGCGUUCUGCUCUUACGGCGGCUUCUGGCUUUCUUUCGCAGCUCUUUACAUUCCACAAUUUGAAGUGCUCGCUUCGUAUGACGAUCCAGCCAUGCUUGACAACGCAUUGGGUCUGUAUCUUGUAGCUUGGGCCCUCGUGACAUUCAUCCUAUUGCUUGCCUGUCUUCGAUCGUCCGUCGCCCUCAUUUGUGUAUUCGUUUUCCUCGACAUCACCUUCUGGUUGCUCGCCGCGGGCUAUUUGGCACCCAGCACUAAUGCUACCAAGGCUGGCGGCGCUUUCGGUAUCUUAACUGCCGCGGUUGCUGCAUACACAGGGCUUGCCGGGAUGCUUACCAAGGAUACCAGCUACUUCAUUCUUCCUGUCGGCGACCUUUCUCAUAGCACCUGAGUGUUUGCUUUCAGGCUACUUCCAGAUAGGUUGUAAUACUCUGCCGUGGUCGUUUCAAAUCGCGUUGAUAGUGCUGUGCGAGAAGUGUUAAAUAUUAGUUGGCCAGCCUUAUUAAAGCUGUGUACAAGUCAAAAAUAUCAUUAUGAAGUCGUUAAACU